AUGGCAACUUCUCGUGCCUGGACCUUCGCAUCCCGCGGCAACCCCCGCUCCGUUCUCUCCCUCACCUCUCGGCCAGCACCAACGCUCCCCCCCUCGUCUCUCUACCUCUCCAAGACAAAGUCCAUCCCGGACCGUGAAGGGGGAAAAGAAUGGCUCCUCAUCAAAGUUGCCUACGCUGCACUGAAUCCGGCGGGGCACCUCUACAUCACAAUGAUCCCCGCCAUGGCACGCACGAAGACCGCAGUCCCGGAGUUGGAUCUAAGCGGGACCGUAGCGGACGUGUGGACUCCUGGUUCUGAACCCAGCGCCGGAGAACAGAGCAUCUCUUCGAGCGUUGUAAAGCGGCCUCGUUUUAAAAAGGGCGACCGUGUUGCGGCGUUCAUACCCGUCUCCAUCGGCUGGCCGACUGGGACCGGCGCUCUGGCAGAACACGUCGUCCUCCCUGCCCGGUAUGUAGUUCCCGUGCCGGCGCACUUGUCCCUCCGGGACGCGAGUUGUGCGUUCACGGCAGGUUGCACGGCCCUCAUGACUAUCCGUUCUGCAAACCUGAAGAAGGGUGACAGGGUGCUUGUGAACGGGGCGAGCGGAGGCAUCGGGACGUUCGCAGUGCAGGCGAUCAGGGACAUUGUCGGCGACGAGGGUUACGUAGUCGCUGUAUGCUCCGGAAGGAACGCGGAAAUGGUCAAGGGCCUGCGCGUGGACGAGGUCGUCGAUUACACCGCCUCUCCGCAGGUUUCAAACGCUCUGAAGGAGAAGUUCGGAAGGGAGGGGAAGAUGUUUGAUGCGGUGGUGGACUGUAUCGGCGUGCAGGACGUCUACGCUAACUGCGCAUCUUACCUCGUCCCAGAGGGCGUCUACGCAGCCGUCGGGAUCAAGCCGCUCAGCCAGACCUACGGCGGGUUUAUGAAGGCAGUAUGGACGAUGCAGAUGAACGCUCUAUGGCCUUCCUCGCCGUGGCUGGGCGGUACGGGGCGGCGGUGGAUCGGAACAUCGAUGAUGAAUCCAGAGAGGGAAUUGAUGGAGGAGGUCAUGGGUAUGCUAGCUGACGGGAGGGUGAAGGUCGUCGUUGACAGGGAGUUGGGUUUCGAAGAGGCUGUCGAUGGGUACGAUGUGGUUGGGAGCGGGCGAGCAAGAGGAAAGAUCGUUGUGAAGGUUGAUGGAGAGUGA